AUGAGCGCUCAGAAGACCACCGACUACACUUCAUGGACAAAUGCAGAUCUAAUAGCCCGCGUUGCUGACCUUGAGCGCCAGCUGCGGCAGCAGAAUGCUCAGAUACUAGCUCGCUCGACAUCUCCCAAACGCAGACGCAUUCGGACUCAACGCGCCAACGUGUUCGACGCAACCAAGUACUCCACAAGACACAUCGCACUUAAAAUCGCAUACCUCGGACAAAAAUACAACGGCUAUGAGCACGCGAACAAUAACAUCACGCCCUUGCCUACAAUCGAAGAAGUGUUGUGGAAAGCGUUAAGGAAGGCACGCCUAAUUUCACCUACGAGUGACGAAGGUACUGAGGUUGUAUGGUCUUAUGCGGAGCGCUCCCGUAGGCCACUCAAUAUUAAUUGGGAUGGCUGUCAGUACAGUAAAGGUGGGCGCACGGAUAAAGGAGUAAGUGCAUUUGGUCAAGUGAUAGGCAUUCGGGUACGGAGUAAUCGGCCAACGAUCGAAAGACCACGUGAAGCCUCCACAAAUAUCGAGAUAGAUGACGAAACUGUCAAUAGCGACCUCGUAGCUUCAAGUGAGCUCCCAGCGGUUGGUGUUGACGACCUUGGGCAUGAUGUAAAACCUUCCUUUGACCCAAUCAAGGAUGAAUUGCCAUACAUCUCAAUCUUGAAUUCCCUUCUGCCAUCAGACAUCCGAGUACUGGCCUGGUGCCCUGAGCCACCAGACGACUUUGAUGCACGUUUCUCUUGUGGAGAGAGGCAGUAUAAAUACUUCUUUACCAACCCAGCUUUCUUGCCAACACCUGGCCCGAUCGGGCUGAAAGAUGCCAGCGGACAUGAAACUGAUCUGAGAGAAGGUUGGCUGGACGUGGAUGCUAUGAGGACGGCUGCGAAGAAGUUGGUGGGCCUUCAUGACUUUCGAAAUUUCUGCCGAGUCGACGCAAGCAAGCAGUUGACGACAUUCGAGAGAAGGAUUACACAUGUUGAUGUUGAGGAAGUCAAACAACAAAGUGGUCCAGUCGCGUUCUUCGAGCAACCGCAGCUAGCAAAGCACACUAAUCCGACACACCUUAAGCCGGGUGCCUUGCCAACUUCUGGCCCUAAAGUUUAUAGCUUCACCGUGCAUGGCUCGGCUUUUCUAUGGCAUCAAGUUCGCCACAUGGUCGCAGUGUUAUUUCUGGUUGGACAAAGGUUAGAGUCGCCCUCGAUCGUUGACGAGCUGCUGGACAUUGAAAACAACCGAAGUCGACCUACAUAUGAUAUGGCUUCCGAUGCUCCUCUGGUACUAUGGGACUGCAUUUUUCCAAUUGAUAAAGUUCAAAGCCAGGAUGAUGGGCUAGAAUGGAUUUACGCAGGGGAUGCCAGAAAUUUGGAGGGCUUAACCACUAAAGGCGAUGGUAAGUUCGGUCUAGGAGGCAUCGUCGACGAAGUGUGGUCCAACUGGCGGAAGCACAAGAUAGACGAGACGUUGGCCAGCGCCCUGUUAGAUCGUGUUGUAUGUCAGGGUGAUCAGAGUGCACUCCAACGUGGAGGCUUCAGAGACCUGGAAACAAGGACCUACCGCAGUCAAAAAUUAUUCGAUGGUAGUGAGACUGCGAGGAUGGCAGGCAAGUACGUACCAGUCAUGGAGAAGCCCAAGAUGGAGACGAUCGAUAUCCAGAAUGCUAGAUAUCGUACCGGCAAAGGGAGCAGACAAGACACACGUAGAGCUCAGGAGCUCAAUAAGGACGAUUAA